UGUAUGUUGGGAGGAGAAAGGAGUUGGGUGGGAGAGCUGAAUUGAUUGGUGCAGACAAAAGAAAAAUUCAGCUUGGACUGCGUAUGAGGAGAAAUGAAAUGUAAAGAAGUUAGUUGAGUAAGGACGAAGGAUGAUUAUGUUCAUGGAGCUGUCCCAUCCCAGUGUGAGUAGGAGUAGAGAAAGUUGUUGGGAGUUAGUAUGUUGAACAGUGUAGAGCUGCAGGUUGGCUUGCUUUGCAGUAAAAGUGGUGCAAAGAAUGAACCAUACAGAUUUUGAGAAGGAAGCACUGAUAAAUUGAGGUGAUCUAAUUGCCACUGCAUAGAUGGGAGUGAUGUGGACUGCACAAGCAAAAUACACCUCUAACUAGGUGCCAGUGUCAACAAUGGAGUCACUUGACAGUAGGAAGGUGCAGAGGAAGAUGCAGGUGGAGGAAGAAUAGGGGGACACAGGUACUGUAAAUAUUAAACUUUGGAAUUGUACAAGAAAACAGCAACCUGCUUGCUGUGUUUUUCAUGGAAGAAGAGCAAGACAGACUUGAGAUAGGGACUGUGUGGGAGGACUAGACAAGAAGCUUGCUUUCCUUACUCUUGAAUAGAGAGAGGCUAGCAUAGACUGUUAGGAUAACUUCAGGAAAUAGUAAAGGCACAACAAAGAUGUGGUUUUUCCACAGAAACUCUUCAAUAUGCAUAGAGUUUGUUUCAACUGCAAAAUUUCUGCUAUCUAGGAACUGCAUUAUUUUUGAACUUUUCAGAGUACUUGCUGAACUACCAAGGUCGCUAUCUGCUGUAACAGUUAAUUGCCUGAAAUUAAUACUCAACUGCCUGAAACAGUAUCUCGUACUAUUUAUAAAGGUGCUGGCUAACUGGCUCUUCAGAUUGAGUACUUACAAGCAGCAGUAGUGAGGGAGUAAAAGCAUGAAUUAGCAAAAGUGCUUAAAUGCAAGUUCAGAAGUAAUUGUUGUUUGGUGUGUCGAAGUUGUUAUGGAAUGUAGAGAAAACAUACAAGCUUCUGGACUUGGCUUGGAACACUAAAUAAAGAUUAGCGCGCUGCUUUUCUUAUGACUGUCAUAUUUUUGAUUUGUUGGUGUCUCUGAAAUGUUUUUAUAGUUGGUACUAACUGGGACAAAAGGAUAGUGAGUAUAAUUUCAAAUCCUCUAUUUAACUUGUGGAUUUUAAUUUACAAAAAGUCUUGCUACUUAAUAAUUUCUGUCAUGUUCAGCAAGUGUUAAAUUUCUGGAGACUAAAAGAGCCUGGAAGGAAAAUAAAUACUUUUUAAGAUAAUCACAUGUCAGUAAUAAAACCCUCUAGAGUAGUAUCUGUAAGUCAUUUCCAAAUUGGUGCAUGCUUGAACUAGUUGUUUUUGGCAACUGUGCAGUAGGAGCAUGCUUUUGAAGUGUUGUUGGAUGAUGGUUGUGUGCUAACAGUAGCUAAAAAGGCAAGUACUAGAUUUGAGGUUAGAAGGUGAGUAAUAGCAGGAAUUUAUGAUUGCCACAGAAAUGAAAUGUGCUGGCAGUUUCUGCAGAGCAGAAGCAGUGUGUGCUGACAGCUUCAUUCUGGAGGCUUCAGGCUUGCAUCUGAGCCUUCAGAGAAGGCAACAUGUACUUGUCUAAAGUUAAAGAAAAGCUUUGUUUUUGAACUGACUUGCACUGACAGUGAUAGAGGAACAUGAAUGAUUUCAGAAAACCAGCCUUUGUCUUGUCUGGAUCAGGAGAUUUUUAAGGUCAUCUUCUGCCACUUUGAGACUGUGGUUCUGAAUUUGUUGACUUUCUUUUAGAGUCUGGGAAGUCCUUUGGUGGAGACAUGUUUUCCCGAGCAAGGAUCAUUUUUUCUGUGGUGACUCUGACUCUACAUUUCCUGUCCUGUGGCAUCUGUUUUUUACAAAGGCUUGUCUGGCUCUCCCAUUGUGGCAAUCCUUUUCUCCUGGUUGCCUUUGGCUUUGCUGUUUAGCCAUUAUUUCUUCAGAAUUUAGCCUAAGAAAUGAAAAAAAAACCCAACAACAAGAUUUUAUCUAAGUUAAAAACAAGGUAAAUAGCAUAAUUAAUACAAGGACCCUUAAAAACAUGGUCUUCUGUUUCAGUUCUAUUUGGUUUUUUGGGGUUUUUUUUGCUAUGAAGUGUUUGAGACAGGAAUUGUUCUUAAAUGAGCCCUGAAAUACACAUUUUUUAUAUGUACAAGAACACCAAAGAGCUACAUAGAAGUUACUAUUUUUACAUAGAAGUAUAAAUACUCACUAUAUAUGUAACAUACACAGAACAGUAAAUGUAAUAUAUAGUAAAAGUUGUACGUAGCAAUAUGUUAGUGAUAUAUUAAGAUGUAAAAUAUUGUGUAUAUGCCAUAUAAAGUGUGAUGUGUUUGUGCAUACAUAAAAGGCUAGACAAGCAAAAGGGCUUCUUUAGUUUGUGAGGUGCUUGUUGUGUUGCUCUACUCAUGCUUCAAUGGAUCUGCAUGUGGUACAACCUAGAGAGUUUUAGGUUGGCUUGCAUUGCCUAAAAGCACAGGGGAAGGAAGAAAACCCUUUUCUGCUGGCAAAAGCCUUUGUGUGGGUGCAGCUAUGAGGGGAGUGUUAAUGCGGCUUGGGGAGAAGAUGUCACUGAACUGGAAGAAUUCCAUCUGCUGGCGAUGCCCUGCAUCCUUGCUGCAGGGGUCUGCCUGCGUGUGGUGGGAUGACCCACAGAGGCUUCACAGCCUAGAGAGGCUGCUAGUGCAGACCUACUCCAGUGAAAAUGCCAGUCCUGCUGGCAGUGCUAUAUGAUUAUUCCCUAUAUGAUAAUGGGAAAUCCUGCCAUUUAAGAAUUAUCACUAAAAAUUUGUUAAAUAGUUCAUUGCUGGUCACUUUAGUGGAAAAACAGCUGAUGGGCUUAUUCACUGGGUGUGGUGGCGAAUCAUUUGGGUGUGGCCACCCACACCUGUCAUUUACUGUUUACAAAAGUGAUCUGAAGUGUAUUAUCUCUUAUCUUUCUAAUUCUGGUGCCUGGGCUUGCCCUUGAAGAUGCCAGGAGGAAAGGCAGUGAAACCUAGCUGUUUACAGUAAGACAGGAAGGCCCAGAGAUGAUAAAAGUUGCUGCUCAGAUUUGUACUAAGGGAAAGAUAAGAGUCCUUUCUCCCUUGCUAUAUAUAGUGGUAAUGUGGAAACUAAUCAAUGAUUAAUAAAUUACCCUUGAAUAUUAAUUUUUAAAUGCUUUUUGAAUUACAUUGGGAAACACUGAAGACCUGUUUCUUAGUUUUGUAGGUAUAAAACUAACUGCAUUAUUAAAAUUUAAGAGUGGGAUCCUGUGAUUCAGCGAAAAGUACUGUGUGUGUACUGGUAUUGGCCAUGUAAUUAAGAGCAGCCCAAGCCUUUCUGGAAGAAUUUUUUUCUUCUCUUCAUGUUGAAAAAAUUCAAAUUUCUCAUAAAAGUAGAAAAUAUUUCAGCAUGCAAGCCAAGGAAUACAUAUGUAAGAAUGGGUAAGGUUGGAAGGGGCAGCAGGGGGACAUCUAGUGCAACCUCCCUACUCAAGCCAGGUCAUCCCAGAGCACAUGGCACAAUGCUGUGCCCAGAUGGUUCUUGAAUAUCUCCCUUGAGGGAGACUCCAAAAGCUUUCUUGGCAACCUGUGCUCAGUCACCUGCACAGUAAAGAAGUUCUUCCUUGUGUUAAAGUGGAACUUCCUCUGCAUCAGUUUGUGCCCAUUGCCUUUGUCCUAUUGCUCAGCAUCCCUGAGCAGAGCCUAGGUCCAUCCAGACACCCUCCCAUCAGAUACUGACAGACGCUGAUGAGUACCCAUCUGUUGUCUCUUCUUGAGGCCAAAUAGGCCCAGCUCUCUCAGCCUUUCCUCAUACGAGAGGUGUUCCACUUCCCUAAUCACCUUAAUAACUUCACCAGGUGAAGGCUUCCCAAAGGCUGAAUAGAGGGGAUGGAUCACUUUGUUUGUCCUGCUGGCACUGCUCUUCCCAAUGUACCCCAGGACACCAUUGGCCUUCUUGGUCACCAGGACACACUGCUGGCGCAUGGAGAGCUUGCUGCCCACCAGGACUCCCAAGUCCUUCUCCACAGAGCUGUUUUCCAGCAGAUCAGCCUCAGCCUGUGCUGGUGCUUGGGGUGAUUCCUCCCCAGUGCAGAACCCUGUAUUUGCUCUUGUUGAGUUUCAGAAGAUUCCUCUCUGCCCAUGUCUCCACCCUUUUGAGGCCCUUCUGAAAGGCGGCACUCUAGAGUAUGGCCACUGCUCCAGUUCUGUGUCAUCAGUGACACAUUUGUUGAGGAGGCAUCUGUCCUUUUGCCUGAGUCACUGAUAAGCAAGUUAAACAAUAGUGGGGUCAUUUUGAACCUUGGGGUACAGGCUUCCAUUAGGCUUCAUGUUGUUUUGAAGUAGGUUCAUGGAUUACUUUGAGCAUGUUGUUGGACCUUCUGUAUCUUAUUUUUCUAUUUUAAUAGUUUAAGUGACUCAGGAGCUUACUGUACUUAUAGCGGACCCCUGAAAUACAGCUUCUCUGUCUUAUCUCAGUUACCUUAGAGCUGAAAUUAAUUUGUGAAAAAAGGACUGUUUGGGCAAUAUGUGUGGCAAGCUGCCUUUAUCCUAGUAUAGCAUCAGUUUUCUCUUUUAUGAGAGGCAAUUUAUGCCACCCUUUACUGCUUAAAAAUGUUGUGCAAUUGAUACUUAUUAGUGUGGUUUGCAUUGUCUGAACAAGCAAAAACAGGAAAUGGGAAAAACUUUGAAGAGCUUUCUGUUCAGAAAUUUAAUAGACUUGAGUUAACUUCAUCUUCUUUCUGACUUGGAUAUUUCCUUUCUGAUAUGAAUUCUCUUCCCAGUAAAGUUGAGGGGUUUCAUUUGCUUUUUUUGUGGAAGUGGAAAAUCAGUGUGAAGACCCCAAGACACUACCAUAUACAUCUCCUUUAUUAAAGCAUGAAAAAGGAACAGGAUUUUACCCAUGAGACAGUUUGGCCUUUAAAUAAUCAUGCCACUGCCACACAGAUUCUUAUGUGUGAAAUAUACAGCUUUGAAUAGUUUUUGCCAAUGCUGUCCUUUUAUGGACAUAAUGUUCUGUAGUACAGUGACAUUUCAUGUGGUUUAUAGAUGGAAGACUUGCUGAAGACACUAUUCUUUGUUUCUGAAGGGACAUUCUCUUCCCACAUGAGGCACUGUGGCUUGUUCACAUACGGACAGUUUUCAAACAACUACAAACCCACAUUCUUGGGUCAUUAGCUAGACAUGCAGGGGUGGGCGCUUUAGAGUUUGUUUACUGUCGCAGAAUGUGGCUUUCUUCCUGUCAGAAUAAAGGAUUUCGAAGACGAGGAAGUGAGGAAACCAAAUAGACCAAAAUAAACAAAUAUUUCAAAGGAAGUAGUUAGAAAAUUAAGACAUUAUAGUGGUACCUGACUCACUUGUCGAAAACUUGUUUAAACAAGGAGACAACAGUAAGCAGUGAGAAUUGGCAUGGUCUAGUGGCAGGCCUGUCACUAGCAGGAGGCUACAAAGUUGAUUAAGGAACUGGACCAUCUCACGUAUGAAGAAAGGCUUACAAAUUUGGGCCUGUUCAGCCUUGAGAAGGGAUUGAGAUGACAAGGAUGUCCUCAUCAUUGCCUAUCAGUAUCUAAAGGAAGGGUGCCAGUGGAUGGAUCCAGGCUCUGCUCGGUGGUGCUGAGCAAUAGGAAAAGAGGCCACUGUCACAAACUGAUGCAGAGGAAGUUCCACUUGAAUAUGAGGAAGAACUUCUUUACUUUGUGGGUGGCCUAGUGCUGGAACAGAUUGUCCAGAGAGGUUUUGGAGUCUCCCUCACUGGAGAUAUUUAAGAACUACAUGGACACAAUCCUGUGCCAUGUGCUCUGGGGUGACCUGGCUUGAGUAGGGAGGUUGUACCAGAUGUCCCCCUGUGGUCCCUUGAAGCCUCAAGCAUUCUAUGAUUCUGCAGUCUGUGAAUCAUAAAAUUGGUAUAAGUUGGAAGAGACCACUGGAGGUCAUCUGAUCUACUUGUUCCUGCUCAAACAGGAUCACCUAGGGCCAGUUAUGCAGGACCAUGUCCACACAGCUUUUGAGUAUGUUCAAAUAUGGAAAUUCCAAAGCUCACUGGGUAGCCUGUGCAAGGGCUCGGUCAAAAAUGAAUGUGUUCUAAUGUUCAAGAACUACCUCUGUGUUACUCUGCACCCAUUGCCUCUUGCCUUUCAUCGGGCCAUAUGGUGUUGGGCUAUAAAGGUGAGAUCUGGGGUAUGUCAUAUGAGGAGGGGCUGGGAGACCUGUGACUGUUUAGCCAUCUCUAGACAUAUUGUUGGAUGCUCUCUGUUUUGUUUAUGUCUCAUGUAAGGAGAAACCCAGAAGAGUACACAGUAAUUCAGCUGUAGUUCCCACAGUGGUAAGUAGAGAAGGAUCCCCUCCCUAGACCUGCUGCAAUACUUUGUCUAAUGCAGCCUAAGAUGCCAUUCACCUACUUUUCCACAAGGGAACAUUGCUUCUGGCUCAUGCACAAUUUGGUAUGAAAGGACCUUUUCUGCAAAUCUGCUUUCUAGCUCUGUGGAUCCCAACAUAUAUAAGUUUAUGGUAUUGCUCGUCCUGGUGUAGGUUAUUGCACUUGCCCUUGUUGAAUGUCAUGAGAUUCCUGUGAGUCCAUUUUUCCAGGCUGUUGAGUUGUCUGUGAAUGUUAUCUCAGCUGUCUGGUGUAUCAGCCGCUCUUCACAGUCAGCUAAAGAAAGCAAACUCAGACCUCAGUUUUGUAAACUGCUACAGUGGUACUGAAGAUUAGGGCUGAAAUAAGUCAGAAGGAAGGUUUUGUGGGGACUAUUAACACACUUUGUGUGGUGAUAUUAUCAAGGAAAAAUAAGCAUGUAGUAGCAUCAAGAAGGAAACGUGACAGCUGCUGCCAAAACAAAAUUGGGAAGUGGAGCAGUAAGCGGUGCAUAUUUGAUAUUUCACAAAAAAGUCUGUUUACCUAUGAUAGAAAGGUUUGGAUUGGAAGAAACGUUCGAAGAUCAAACCAAACCCCUCUGCCAUGGGGACAGAAACACUUUCCAUGAGACAGGUUGCUCAGAAUCCCAUCCAACCUUGACUUUGAGCACUUCCAGGGAUGGGGCAUCCAGUGUCUCACCGCCCGCAAUAUAAAAGUUUUGUCAUUGUGUCCAAUGUAAACUUACCACCUUUCAGUGUAAAACCACAGGCUCUUAUUCUGCAGCUACAGGCCCUGGUAAAAAGUCUUUCCAUUUCCUUACAGACCCACUUUGUGUGUAAAGGUCACAGUAAGGUUUCCCUGGAGCCUUCAGGUUGAACAACCCUAACUUUGUAUUUUUUUCUUAGGAAAAGAAAAGGUGUUCCAGCCCUCUUGGAUCAUUUUUGUGGGCCUUCUUUGAACCUGCUGUAGCAGGUUAAUGUUUUUCUGCACUGUAGACCUCAGAGCUGGGCAUGGUACUCCAGUGAGCAUCUCAUGAUGUAGAGGGAAGAAGAGGAACAGAACCACUUCCUUUGACCCACUGGCCAAAUUCUUUUGAUGCAGCCCAGGAUACAGUUGGCUUUCUGGGCUGCAGAUGCAGUAAUCCAGUGAUUUAUCUUCUAGCACCCGCCAGUCCUUUUCAGCAGGGCCAUUCCCAAGCCCUUCAUCCACCCAGUCUAGGAAUUGUCACAGCUCAGUACCAGACAUUGCAUUUGGCCUUGUGGAACCUGUUUAAAACCUCGUAAGAUGGUCCCACUUCUUGGGAAUGUCACGCCUUCCCUUAAGUGAAUCAAUUGCACUGCAUGGCUUGGUGUCAUCUGCAAGCUUGCAAAAGGCACAGUUUUUUCAGUCCCAUUUCUUGUGUUAUUGAUGAAAGUGUUGAGUAGUGUUGGUCACAUUUUGUGCUCCUGAGGGACACCACUCGUUACUGUUUUCCACAGAAGUGUGAAGCCAUUGACUCUUUGAUUUAAGUUUCAUUGACUCUUCAGAUGCAGUCAUCCAUCCAGCUCCUUAUCCAUGUAAUAAUCCAUCCCCCAAUGCACUAUUUGUUUGAGUGGCAAGAAUUUUGUGAGGGGCCAUAUCAAAGACGUGCCAGAAGCCUUAAGUAGAUGGUAUCUUUUACUGUUCCCAUGUCCAUGGAUGUAGUCACUUUUGUAGAAGAAUUGAAUAUGUUCUUCUAAGUGAUUGUUUGUUGUCCUGAAAUAUGUUCUUCCCUAUAGCUGAAAUAUUCUUUGGAAAGUACUUACAGAAAUGUAAAUGUGAGUAUUAAUUAACGGCUUAGAGUGUCUAUUGAGUUUCCUCCUGCCAAAUUCCACUGCUCAUACUGCGGGUUGUACAUACAGCUUUGGGCUUUUGAGUGUUUUAGGAUGAGGGAGAAAAUGGGAUGUGAAAGGAACAUAGUCUUGAGUUACUUCCUUUUUUUAAAAGGUUAUAUUUGCAGUACUGGUUUUGAAAAUAUUUCUAAACCAGUGAGGGAAAAGGUUGUUCCUUGAUCAACUACCUUAUGUUCUCGGACAGUGUCCCUCUUGUGUUUGUUGGCUGCAGAUAUUUGAUGCAGGCUCUCAUUUCCUUAAGAAAUUCAAGGAAGCAAAUGAAAGACCGGAAGAUGUCCCUUUGGAAAGGAAGUGAAUGUGAUAAUGAAACUGAACACAGUAAUAUGUGUUUUUCUCUCAUGUCUUUCUGUCUGCUUGAGUUGAACAAAAUCACAUUUCUUCUGUUUUACAAAAGUUGACAUGAAAUAGUGUCCUUUACAUUUUAGGUCUCUAAAUGACUUGUGUUUUCCAGAUAUUUUCUCAGAACACCUCUGUGGAACUUGGAGGCAACUGUUGAUAGUAUUACUGAUGCUAGUGAUAAUAAGAUUUUGGAAAUUUUUUUCUGUGUUUAUUUUUCAAGUGUUUAUUUAGAAAAGCACAAGAGAAGACAGCUCUUGUAGUCUGGGAUAAAGCAUAACCUUUUUUCCACUGUUCAUUUACAAUCACAGCUGAAUUUUUAAUUCAGCGCUUUUCAAGAGAUACCGAAGAGUAUAUCAUAUAUCUGUUUAAGAACAGAAGAAUGCUCUAAGUGCUUAAUGAUAAGGAUUAAAAAACAUAUAUUUAAGUGAAAAAGGUGUCAAAGUAAAAUCAGGUGUUUGAGACCUCACCAGAGCUGCUUAUAGGUGAGGAGUGGGAUUGUAAGAGCUUGUUCUCUACGAGCAAGGAGCCUAAGGGAGACCUAUCACUGUUUAAUUAUAGGAGCUGUUUCACGAAGACAUACUAACUCUAUCUUUGGAAGUCUUUGUCGAAGGUUGAAAAUGUAAUUCCACAUUUUAAGUAUUGAUUAAAGACAUUUUCAUAGCUGGACUUUGCCUAAAAUGUGAGAAAUAAAAAGCUGUUCUACCUUUAAAAUUGUUAGGAGGAGCUUGCUCAGAGCUCCUCAAAAUGCUGUUUUUUGUAUGCCAAGUUUUGGGUCUUUAUAGUUUAGUUAUGGAGACACUGGGAAAUACAAAUCUGAGCCAAUAAAACCUACAUCUAAACAGUACAGUAAUAUGAGUUUGUAAUUCCUUUUCUGCCCUUGCAAAUAUGAAGAACAUCUGGGUUUGCAACAAAAUGCAGCAGCAGUUGCAGGCUCAGCAUCUCUCCCAUGGCCAUGGACCUCCAGUGCCUCUAACACCACAUCCAUCAGGACUUCAGCCUCCAGGAAUCCCUCCACUUGGAAGCAGUGCUGGCCUUCUUGCCCUCUCCAGUGCUUUGGGUGGGCAGUCUCACUUGGCAAUAAAAGAUGACAAGAAGCAUCACGAUGCAGACCACCACAGAGACAGAGAGCCAGGCACAAGUAAUUCUCUGUUGGUCCCUGACAGUCUACGAAGCACAGAUAAACGCAGGAAUGGCCCUGAAUAUGCCAAUGACAUCAAAAAGAGAAAGGUGGAUGAUAAGGAUUCCAGCCACUAUGACAGUGAUGGGGACAAGAGUGACGAUAACUUGGUUGUAGAUGUGUCCAAUGAGGAUCCUUCUUCCCCAAGGGCAAGUCCCACUCAUUCACCACGUGAAAACGGUAUUGAUAAAGCCCGCCUACUGAAGAAGGAUGCCUCCAGCAGCCCAGCAUCUACAGCCUCUUCAGGAAGUUCCACUUCCCUCAAAUCCAAGGAAAUGGGUCUGCAUGAAAAAGCCAGCACGCCUGUUCUGAAAUCCAGCACACCAACUCCUCGAGGUGAUGUGCCAACCCCAGGCACUAGUGCAACUCCAGGACUCCGUCCAGGCCUUGGCAAACCUCCAACAAUGGACCCUCUGGUUAACCAAGCUGCUGCAGGUUUGCGGACACCGUUGGCAGUACCAGGACCAUACCCUGCUCCAUUUGGAAUGGUACCUCAUGCUGGCAUGAAUGGAGAGUUAACCAGUCCAGGGGCAGCCUAUGCCAGUCUGCACAAUAUGUCACCCCAGAUGAGUGCUGCUGCUGCUGCAGCUGCCGUGGUUGCCUAUGGAAGAUCUCCUAUGGUUGGGUUUGAUCCUCCUCCUCACAUGAGAGUACCUGGAAUCCCUCCAAAUCUAGCAGGGAUUCCUGGGGGAAAACCAGCCUACUCCUUUCAUGUUACUGCAGAUGGUCAGAUGCAGCCAGUUCCUUUCCCUCCUGAUGCCCUCAUCGGUCCAGGAAUCCCUCGCCAUGCCCGUCAGAUCAACACCCUGAACCACGGGGAAGUUGUGUGUGCAGUUACCAUCAGCAACCCCACGAGACACGUGUACACGGGUGGGAAGGGGUGUGUCAAGGUUUGGGACAUCAGUCAGCCUGGCAACAAGAGCCCUGUCUCUCAGCUGGACUGCCUGAACAGAGAUAACUACAUCCGCUCCUGUAAAUUGCUGCCUGAUGGAUGCACCCUCAUAGUUGGCGGGGAAGCCAGCACAUUAUCCAUAUGGGACCUGGCAGCUCCAACUCCUCGUAUAAAAGCAGAGCUGACAUCCUCAGCACCUGCCUGCUAUGCUCUGGCUAUCAGCCCUGACUCCAAGGUGUGCUUUUCCUGCUGCAGUGAUGGGAACAUUGCAGUGUGGGAUCUGCAUAACCAGACAUUGGUCAGGCAAUUCCAGGGCCACACAGAUGGAGCCAGCUGUAUUGACAUUUCUAAUGAUGGUACCAAGCUCUGGACAGGAGGUUUGGAUAACACUGUCAGAUCCUGGGACUUGAGAGAAGGGAGACAGCUACAACAGCAUGACUUCACAUCACAGAUAUUUUCCCUUGGUUAUUGUCCUACUGGUGAAUGGCUGGCUGUGGGAAUGGAGAGCAGCAAUGUUGAAGUGCUACAUGUAAAUAAACCAGACAAGUAUCAACUGCACCUUCAUGAGAGCUGUGUAUUGUCACUCAAGUUUGCUUACUGUGGUAAAUGGUUUGUGAGUACUGGGAAAGAUAACCUUCUUAAUGCAUGGAGAACUCCUUAUGGAGCCAGUAUCUUCCAGUCCAAAGAAUCUUCAUCAGUGCUUAGCUGUGACAUCUCUGUGGAUGAUAAGUACAUAGUCACUGGCUCUGGAGACAAAAAGGCUACAGUCUAUGAAGUUAUCUACUGAAAAAUAUGAUGGGGAUAUUCUUUUAGAGGUUGAACUGGGCCAAAAUUGUUUGUAGAAGUAGAAAGGUUUUGAAUUUUUGAAAGGAACAAAAGUGUUGAGGUUCCAGACCUUGCCAUGAAACUACUCCGAUUUUUCAAAAUAGAAGGCAACAUCCAGCAACUAAGUAUUGGCUACGUGGACCAGAUGGAACACAGAGGCAAGAUGGACAAAUGUAGCCUAGGUUUUUGACAUAAUUUUUAAAAGCCAAGUCUACUGAAGAAUGUUGGAGCCUUUUAUUUUUUUUCUUUUUGUGACCUCAUGCAAAUUUUUCUCAUUGCCUGAAUAUGGGGGAUAAAUACCUUUCUGUUCCUUGCAGUUCAAGUUGCAUUCUGUCCUGGGUAGAGCAGCAGUGUCUCAAAUGAACUUGUUUCCUGGUUUUGCAUCUUGUGAUAUGUUUUUGUAUUUUUGUUGAAGGUCAAACAUUUGUAUAAAUUGUAAAUAUAUUUAGUUUACUACAGUAAAGGCUUUCGUACCAACAACCAGUCUUCCCCCUUGCCCCCUCCCUGCUUGCCCUGCUUAUUUAAGAUUAAAAACCUUUUGGGGAUAUAAAUACCUUUUUAGAAGCAAAAGCAAACACUAUGUAUAGUUUGAAAAUGGUGUCUUAUUCUUUAUAACUGUUCUUAGAUUCCUUUAUCAUACUUCAAAGUACUUGAUUUGACAUACUAGGAUAUCAAGUCCAGUAGAUAUUGUCUUGUUCUACAGAAAACUUAAAGGCAGUUUUGUACUAAUUAUAGUGUAAAUAUAAAAAUUGAACAUUUCAUAAAGCUGUGCAGUUUAAGUUUAUUCUCAUGACCCAUGUAUAUGUUCUUUGGCAGAUACAGUAAUAUGUGCCUGAUCAUAACUCAUUUGGUCAUUUCUCUAGCAGAGGAGGUGACUUCCCUGUCCUUUUUUUCCCCCAGCUGAACAGAAUUCAUGUGAGACUACAUUUCAACUAAGUACAUCAGAGCCUUUAUUUGUUAUAUGAGGAUGUCUGUGAUUAAAUAAAUUGCAUCCUUCAUGUUUUACAGAGAAGUGGUAGUCAAUGACCAUUUCCUUUUUAAAGUCUUCUCUAUACUUAGAUACUCAGGUAAAUUGAACUAAAUUACCAAAAGUGUGAGUUUAUAGGGGAUUGCUUAAAGAUGUUAAAUACUUGCAGGGUUGCAAGUCAAGUGAAUUAACCUAAACUAAGUUAAACUUGCUUCUUAAUUUCUUGUGAGAAUAUUGACAAAGGAAUAUUUUGAUUUUUAACUAAUCCACUCUACAAAUUAAUUAGAAUAAUUUUCCUGAGUGUCCCAUGUUAUGCAGGCCUGUAGGCUCUAUGUAUUCAUGCUGAGCAAUCUUUGAGUCCUUUCCAUUGUCGCAUCACUGUGUGACAUCUGUGAAGAGCCAUGAUAAGCAGCCCGUUACCAAAGCUAUGUAUCUUCAAGUUUUCUUGGUGUACUCAAGAGCAGUGGAUGAGGAGAGUAUGUGUUCCCUUUAUUUGACUAUUAUUUUUUCAGUCUAAUGUGUUCUACCACUGUGUGCUAGAGAACAAACUUUGCUGUUGCACUGGUAAGAGCCAAAUUACAUUCUAUAAUUUGGUUAUAAUUUCUGUUACUAAUGGAGAGUACAGAUGAACAAAAUGAUAUCUUUGAACAAUUAAUUUAGAUUACACAAACUGGCAGACAGAAGAAGAGCUGCUUUCUCAUUUUGCUAGCAUUUGAUGAUGGCCUAUGUCCCUGCUCUUUCAAAGAUGUGUAGCUAGGAAGAAACAACCUUGACUGACAGAUGUGUUGAUUGGAUAAGGAAUUUUUCAUCUGGGGGCAAAUUUUAUCUAAGUUUCUAGUCUGAAGAGACACAGGUUUUCUUUUCAAUUUACAUGAUCAUUCUACUGAAACCAAAUUAUAGCAUCUAAAACUGUAAUAGCCUUAACGUAUUAACAUUCCAUUCAGAAUGUAAAAUAUUACCCAUUCAGGAUAAUCUGGUCUCCUAGAUAUUUAAAAUUAGCAUUGUAUCAAUAUGUAUCCAUAUAUAUCUUUGUUGAUUGCUUAGUUGUUAAUUUCUAUCUGUAUGAAAAUGACAGACCAGUUUAGAUGCUGAUCAUGUUGCUUUCGACAUAGUGGGGCAAAAAGCAGAAUCAUCAGGCUUUUCAAAGAAUUAACUAUAUUUUCUACACUGAAAUAUUGGGAAGUGCUAUGCCGUUUUUAAAAGGGAAAGUUUUAAAACAAGAGUAUUUACAAGAUUAUUUUUACACUUUUCAUAUUGAAAUUUCUCUGAAUAUCUGGUUCUGGCAGUGAUCAUCGACUUUAGCAGCACUGGCAAAUUUGCUUUAAUUAGGAUCUUUUGGAUUUUUGCCAAACUGCUAUCACCUUGGCUUUUACUUUAUAGGUGAAGUAUAUAUCCUUUUGCUGUUCUCUGAAGUCAACAUCAGAGGAACCAAGAAUGCAAGUAUUCUUACACAUCUAUCUCUAUUUAAAAAACCCCCACAAGUGUAAUUUGUCUGCUACAUGUUGUGGCAUAGGGCUUGCUAAUAAGAUCACACUUGCCAAUCAGGAGGUUCAAAAUCAUAGUGUCAGGAAAAUAAUAAAAUAUCUUGUUUUCUUGCCUUUUAGAAUGUACAGUGUGUCAGAGCAGUUAUAGAAUCAGAAAUUUAUGUGUAGGAAUUUAAUCAUAUUUGUACCAUGUAUUUCUUGAUUAUAAUUAAGAAAUUAAUUCCCUUUCCCCCCCCAUCAUAUCUUUAAGCCAUGGGUCUGAAAAUUAGUGGGUACAUCUGAAAGCUUCUGGAUGCAUCAUCCAUAUUUGUGGAUGAGUAGUUCUCUCCAUUUAUUGUUUCAGAUUUCACUUAAUGUUUAUAAAAUUUUGAGUCUUUUCAUUUGUCAGAGAGUAAAGCAUAUUCUACUUGCAGAUGUAAUUUUUAAUGAAAAGAUAGAUUUGCUGAACUCCUAGCAUGUCUGUCUAUGCAAUUACCUAAAAGAUGUAAAACUUGUGAAGCUUGAAACUUCUGUAAGUUCUUGAAGCCCUGUGUAAAGUAGUGGGUGGAAAUAAUUGCUCAUUGAAUGAAGAAACAGACUAACCAAGAUCAGCAGUAACAGAAAAGGCACUGGGAAAACCAUGUAGGGAAGAGAAGUUCACCAGUAACUAUUGUGUAGGUAAUUCAUUUUUUUGUGGGGGGUCAACUUAAAUACAGUCCUAAAAGAUUCCUUUGGUUAGCACCUUUUGGGACAGUCUUUGUGUGCUGGGUGGCCUUCAGUAUUCAGAGAUGUCUCAAUGCCACUCUGGCAUCAGUUCUGAAUAGAAGCAGGGAGUCCAUACAAAAUACAUUUUGGAUGCCAGUGCAAACAAUAAGUGAUGAAGAGGGGAUUUGUGGUAAUACCAAUUCAACUGAAAAAAAUCCUUUGUCAGCUUUAAUAUGUAUAUUUUGUAUAUGUGCACUUGGUAUAACCCUUCAUAAAUCAAUUGUGCAGAAAGUCAUUAUAUCAUUCCACACAAUGUAUUUGUCAGUGUGUCAGACUUUUUUGAUUAUAAUUCCAAGCAAUGGUAGUUCCCCACGUUAGCUCACAAGCCACUGCUAUCUUGAGAGAGAAUUUUCAUCUAUGUUAGUUCUUUCUGAAUCAUUUGGCAUUUCAAAGACUUUUAUUCCUUUAAAGGAAAGAGAGACCACUAAAUGAACAUCCUUUUCACAGACUGUUAUAACAAGUGGGUUUUUUUAAUAUAAACAUCAAUGUAGAAUCUGUCACCUAGUCUCAUACAUACUUCUAUGUAUGAAUGAUUGACCAUAAUUUUUGGGUUACAUUUUUGUAUUGGUGAUACAAGUAGAAUUUCUAAGAAACUUUUAAGUUACUCACGUAGCUUUAACUCAGAUUGACAAGCUGAUUUUUUGGUGUUUAAUUCUUGAUAGGCUUUUUUGUUUGUUUGUAAUUUUGUGGAAUGGCUGGCCCACUUAGGAGCCCAUGGGAUUAUGUAAUCUAGAUAAAAUAGUCUUUAGUAUUUUCUAUUAUAUUGGUGCAAUUUUGAGUUGAUGGGGAAAUUUCACCAUUCUGCUAACAAAGAAAGGUGAAUUUUGAAGUUUUUGGGCUAAGGAGGAGUACAGACUUAUGAUUUCGCACUACUGACAAAGUGUUUACCCCUUAAAUCACUUCACUGGAUAAUCUGGACUGACUCCAACUCUGCUGUCUCUUUGAAGGAUUUUGGUUUUUUCUCCUACCACAAGCACACAGAAAGAAUUUGAGAAUGUAGGUUUAUGUAAGACUUCAGCCAAUUCAUUAUGUCCUGCCAGACAGACAUACUUCAUUACAUAAUGGGGAAGGUGAAGUAACUCAGAGUUGAACCUGACAAACACCAGAAUGCAGGAGAGUUAUGGCAGGGAAAUUCAUGGACAGAAUCACUUCAGUUAGAAAAGCCCUCCAAGAUGAACUAGUUCAACGUUUGGCUAAGCAUUACUUAGCAAACUAAGCCAUAGCAUUAUGUACUGCAUCCAGUCAUUUCUUGAACACCUGUGGGAUGGAUGACUCUACCACCUCCCUGGGCAGCCUGCUCCAAUGCUUGACAACUUUAUCCAUGAGGAAAUUCUUCCUGAGGUUGAACCUGAACCUCCCCUGGCUCAGCUUAAAGCCGUGUCCUCUUGUCCUGUGGCUGAGAAGAGAGGCCAAGUGAUACCCAACUUGCUACAACCUCAUUUCAGGGAGCUGUAGAGUGAUGAAGUCUCCCCUGAGCCUUUUCUCCAGUCUAAACAAUCCCAGCUCCCUCAGCCACUCCUUAAAAGACUUGUGCUUCAGACCCUUCACCAGCUUCUUUGCCCUUGUCUGAACACACCUCAACGGCCUUGCCGUGAGAAGCCUAAAACAGAACACAGGAUUUGAGGUGCAGCCUUUCCAGUGACAGGGACAGGUAAAAUCCUGGCCCUUGGCCUGAUAGUCACACUAUUGCUGACACAAGUGAGGACACCGUUAGUCACCUAUGGACACCUAGUCACACUGCAGGACAAGGGAAAAUGAGAACAGAGAAGCACAUAUAUUGUAGGUGUAAUCUAACAUGCAAUCUAUGCAAUUCACCUAGAAUGAGAUUUCAAUCACAGAGUUCACUGUUUCUCUAUAAAGUUGUUCAAAUGUUUCUGCAGGUAUUCAAGGACACUUGAGUUGUGUGUUUGAACUGGAAGUGGACAUUUCUUUGAAAUCCAUAAACACGUAAUCAUCUCAUCCUAAGAGGAAAGGGAGUCAACUCACAGCCAGUUCUCAACAUUUACCAUUACCUUUUAUUUCUGUAGCUCAAGAUCUGCUUCCAAGCACUUGAUAAUCCCAUUUUCAGCAACAUGCUCCCAAAUGUUCUGCUGCAGCUUAAGUGCUUAGUGCUGUGUGGUAGAUUUUGCUAGGGAAACCAGACAUGUAAUAACUGGGUGCUUGAAAAAUCUGUUCUAUGGGUCUAUCUUACUGACAUUUCUGAGAAACUUACCCAGGAUUUCUGCUCAGCUAUAUAAGAGAGCUCAAACACUCACUGAAACAUUUUCUAAAUCAGCAAAAAGUGUGUUUUGAACAUAUUUUAAGCACAUGGAUGGGCUUGGGUUUUUUUGGGGUUUUUUUUGGUUGGUUUGUGGUUUUUCACUAUUUUCUGUUGAUUUAUUUCUUUUUUUCUUCUGAAAUUACUUUUAAAAGUAUUGAAUUGAAUAAUAUUAAUUGAAUACAACAAGAAAACAUGAAGGGAAAUCAGAAGAAGGAAUAAUAGUCUUCAGAGGGCAGAAUGUUGUUGAAGAUGCAAAGAUGCAAGGACCUUCUAUGAUAUAUUAAUUCUUGAGAGAGCUGUAUUUCUAUUUCCUUGAGGCUAAAAGUGCUGCUCAGAAAACUGAAUGCCAAAAAAUGUCUGUUGUGGGGACAAAUGUUAGUUAUCAUUUUCAAAUCUGAGCAGGGUUUUUUGUGGGGUUUGGGUUGUUUGGGGUUUUUCCCCCCAUAUUUCUUAGAUCUGGGUUUCACAGUUCACUCUGAGAAGCUGAACAACAGUCCAUGUUCUUUCUGGCUCUGUGCUCUACUCUGCAUUAGUAAGAAUUUAGUUGUCUGUUAAUGAUAUAUAGUACACAGGAAAAUCUGGCUUAAUAUUUUAGUGGAUAGCUGCAUAAUUAUAUUUGGGCAGUGUCUGCUGUAAUGAUUUCCCUUACUAAAGCAAGCACUCAGAUAUAAGAUAGCUGCAUUAUUCUAAACUCAUACUUUUAUUGUUUAUGGAAUUCCUGGUUUGGCACAGUUGACUCUUCCUACAAAAAUUACUGUGAUGGCUUCUGAGGUAAAACAUAAAAUUAUUAGAUUUUUCCUGUCCUAUAAUUUCACAUGUGAUUUUGCCCAUAUUUUGUAAGGUUAUGUUGAUUCAUAGAAGAGAUGCUGCAAGGAACUCAACAUUUCUAUUGUGUACGGCUUGGCAAGGAUUGCCUUUGCUAUGUUCACAGCACAAAGGUAUCUCUCAAACCCUCUUUCAAAACCCUGUUUUCUGCCAAAAAUGAGUUUGAGGUGAAGAUAACACAUAGUCUGGAGACUAAGCAAUCAAACAUACUGUUAUCAUUAUCCCUUUUGUAUACUCUGUCAUUAACAUAGAAAAUGGAAAUGAUAGCCUGUAACUGCAAACAAUAAAUGCUGUUUUUCCUUUGAGCACUGAUUUUAAUGGCAGUUUAAAGAAGUUAACAAGCAGAAUGAAGGGGUCAUAAAUGAAAAUUAAUCCACAGCAGUUGGAAACUGACAAACCCUUGUUACUUUCCUGAUAGUGAUCCUAAUUUGUUUAAAAUAAAAUCCAUCUGCUCAUUUCACAGUCUUUGUCACACUUCCUUCAGCAAUCCACAGUGGAUUACCCCCUUACUUUAAAACGUGUCUGCAGUUAUGAUAAGCUAAUAACUCUUAUUUUGUGGUUUGCUGUAGCAUAAAGUUUCGCAGACCAGGGAAGAUGCCCUUUAUUCUUAAAAAAUAGUCAGCUAUUGGGGUUUUUUUGCAGUUGGACAUGAUUUUUUAAAAUUACAUAUGAAAUAAAUAUACAAACUGAUUGCUUUGUAAAUUCAAAGUAUUUUCUAAUUGUUGACAAAUCAGCCAAACACUGUUGUUAAGUAUGUAAUGUCAGCCUGGUUUUUGCUUAGCAUGCCAUGCAUGCAACAAAACUUUGGAGUGAUUCAACUUUUGCAGCCAAAUUAAAUUUACUUACUGGAAUAAGUUUCCUUUUUCAUACAGAAAUCAGUUUACUACCGUGCUCCUUUGUGUUUCCUCCUGGAUAUACAUUAGAUCUCUAGAGAUGUUUUAAUGAGUUACAAAUACAUAAUGCUUCUAAUUUUUCUCUGUCUUUCUGAUUGUUACAUAUGUGAGAUGUGUAUUUCUGACAGCAGUUGAGUGAAUAUUCACAAAUAUAUGAUAUAAUUGAAUUUUUGAAUGUGUACUUCAAAAAGUUUAUAGACUUGUAUAGCUAAAUCAUUGAUUUUCAUUUGUCAAAUUCAAGAUUUUCAAGUCCUGAUACUCAUGUAUUUUUAUCAGUGAAUCUGUUAAAGGAAAUAUUUCUGGAUCUUGAAUGGUUUUCAUUGCUUUUUUAAUUUGUUUAUGUAGAUACUCUUCUUUGUUGAGUACAAGUUAUUGACCUGGUAUUCUAUUUAUAAUUCUUCCUGGUUCUUCAGUAUUUUCUCUAGCUGUAACUUAUUAAAAACCACAAAUAUGAAAUGGGGAUAUUAAUGACAAGUGGUUUAAAUGUGAGAGUUUCAAAAUGCAUGUUAGAAUAUUUCAACACUUUGUUCACUGUAAUUUUACAUUUUUUCAUUACUUAAGUAAUUAAAAAAAUCCUUAGGGUUGCAUUAUAGUAAAA